AUGACUGUCAAUGAAGAGGUUUACAAGGCUGUGGUUGUGGGCGGAGGCCCAGCAGGGAUCGGUGUGUUUGUACGAGCGGCUCGAGGAGGUUUACUACCUCGAUUGUUGAAUCCGGAUAAGCAUGGAACGACAAAGGAUACCGAGCUCAGCACUCAACUUGGAUGUAAGCAAAUGGGCGUCGCAAUUCUCCAUGCAGGCGAUGUGAACACCUUUGGUGGUGGCAAUUUAGGUGAAUAUAUCAUCAACUCGAAUACUUUUGCAUGCGGUUUGCUAGCUGGCGUUCUGGACGAGAAACCGGAACUAGACCCGCCGGAGAGUAUUGUAAACACGUUCCUGGAGAAAGUGCGUGUCCACGGAAGCGCCAAGCGUCUGGAAGAAAUCGGUGCAGCACCUGGGAAUCUCACUGAAAUCGGUCGCUUCCUGCGUCAUGUCGGAGCGUGUGUGAUUGAAGAAAUCUCUGAUAAAGCUCCUGAUACCAGCAAAGUGCUGCUGAAUACAGCUGCAACCAAGUACGUAGCUCUGGAGAGUGGUUUAAUUCGUGUGGAAGCUCGAAACACUGCUAGUAGUGACGGCACCGUGGUACUUUACACUGAACACCUUAUAUUGGCAACGGGAGGCACACAAGAGCUGCCUUCCUUAGACAACCCCGCUUAUCACUCCAAGCUGUUUGCCUCAGAUUCUUGUCUACGGGAGGACGGGUUUGCAAAACUCAAGGAGCACCUUCUUGCUCUGCCUGUAGGAAAACGGAAAGUCUGCAUUGUCGGUGGAUCUCACAGUUCAUUCUCGGUGGCAUGGCUUCUGGUAAACAAGUUUAUGGAUCCAAAAGCAGCCGCUACGAGGCAAGGUUCACAGAUUGCAGGAAGCCCAAAGAAGCAAUCUCUACCAGAUCCGCAAAAGAACAUUAAGGAGACCGAAACACCAUUAGCCACGCCCCAACUCGCCAUCGGAGCUCCUGUGAUAGCCACGGCGCCUGUAUCGCCUCUCACCAUUAAAAAAUGUGAGCCCACUACUUCCGCUAUUGUAAAGAUGAAGCGCACGUCAUUAGCAGGUACCAGCAACGAUAUUCCAUCCCCGAAGUCGAUUUUCAAUCCGAAGGAUAUCAUGAUCUUGCAUCGGUCUCCUAUUCGAUGCUAUUAUGGCUUCAAGAAGGAAGCUGAAGUCGACGGGGUCGAUGCAAGUCGCGUUGAUCGGUCUGGUUGCGUUAAUACUUUUACGGGACUUCGAGAAGACGCCAAACGACUUUUUAAGAGCGUGAAGGCAGGUCGUGAGGUGCGUGUGAGGCUAUUCCAAGUGAACCAACAAGGCUCACAGACACUCAUCGACAAAGCAUACGCGACAGCAGGAGCAAUUGUCUGGGGUGCCGGCUACAAAACAAACAUGCUUGCAGGCUUCGAUGAAGCGGGAAAUCCGCUCGUUUUCCACCAAGACAAUGGCGUCGUCAAAGUCGAUAAUAAGGCGCGGUUGCAGAUGCUUGGUCCUUUCAAAGGCAAGCGCCCUAGUGUUCUAGGCCUCGGUUUGGGGUUCAGUCUGCGUUCAGCUGUGGAUGAAAUGGGGACGGAAACGCGUGUCGACGGUGUGUCGAUCUACCAUCGCCGAGGUGCGAUGUUGGUGUUAGAAGCGCUCUUCGGAACCGAGGUAUAUGGCUCCAGCACGAGCUUCGAAGAGAUGGUGGAAAAGAACGACAAGAAGAAGCGUGAGGUGCAGGCGAUGAAGGCUGAGAAAAUCGCUGAAAAAGGAAUUGCAUCUUCCUUCUUUUCGUUUCUGCGAAUAUAG